GUUGUUUUUUGAUUUGCCAGUGCGUGUUGGUUGAGCGAGGAAGGUUCGGAUCCCUUAUACAUGUAGUGUUGUGUUUGAUUCUGUAAUUAGUGUCUAUGAAAAAAAAAUCACAAUUGACUUGUCCCAAGGAAAUUGAAAAAAUGUUAAUGUGCUGUGUUGAUUGGGUUUGUUGGUAAUUGUAGAAUAGUUAGGUGUUCAAAUGCGCGAGAGGUGUGAUGGGACUCUAGAAACCUCGGUGAGUUUUAGUCUAACACUCUAAUGUGCUAACCUGGGUGUGACAGGGGUACCACACCUAUUUGUACUUGUUCCAAGAUGGGCUUCCUCGGCUAGGGUUAGAGGUUGCCUACCCAGAGAAUCAAAGUGUGUAAUCUCCCUUGCCCCCCUAGACCUAGCAUGGAUUAUAUACUAAUUUCAAAAUGUAGAAUCUAAUCAUAUCUUAUCUUCGUCAAUCUCAGAGAUAAGCUAUGAUUAAGCUUAAUCCCUUUGAUAUCUGGGUAUAAGUAGGGUGAUGAUGGUGCAAGGCGGUGUAUCUUGUAUAGUGGGUCGGGUCGGUUAGUUGACAUCCAACCUGAUAGGCAAGUUAUUGGGUUCGGUAUAUUGGGCUCUGCCCAAUAAUGACUAGAGGGUACAUAGCCCCCAGCCUCAAGUGUGAUAGCACGUAGAAGCUAAAAAGUAGAAGGGUCUCCAAUUUAUCAUUGGGCUCAGCCCAACGAUGACCAGAGGGUACAAUACUAAUGUUCUCUAGUGAAUUCCUGAUAUGGUAGUGGCAGUCGUCCUGUGUGACAUUUUAGAAGGUGGUGUGCUGCUGCUCUGCUGUUGUGCUUAUUUGUGGUGGUUCUCGUGUAUCUGACAUGUCAGAAGAUGGUGUGUCCCUUGGCAUUGUCAUUCCCAUCCAUGCCUUUUGUCAAAAAGCACUGAGAACACUAAGUCAGGGUUCAGUUGAUAUAUAUGCUGCUCAGUGCAAAAAUUGCUUGAAAUGGAGAGAGAUUGAUACACAGGAAGAGUUUGAAGAGAUUAGAAGUAAAGUUGCUGAGGAACCUUUUCUUUGCAGCAGAAAGGCUAAUAGUUCCUGUGAUGAACCUGGUGAUAUUAAAUAUGAUUCCUCUCGGACAUGGGUGAUUGACAAGCCUAACCUCCCAAAGACUCCACAAGGUUUUAAGAGGAGCUUGGUGCUUAGAAAAGAUUACUCCAAAUUGGACGCUUACUACAUCACACCUGCAGGCAAAAAACUGAGAACCCGCAAUGAGAUUGCUGCGUUUCUAAAAGAUAAUCCAGAAUUCAAAGGUGUGUCUGCUUCAGAUUUUGAUUUUUCUUCCCCAAAGAUAAUGCAAGACACCAUCCCUGAGGUUGUUGAGCAGAAGGAUUCUGCUAACAAGAAAGUUAAGAUAGCCAAAGAUGAGGUUUGAGAAAUAUCAUCUCUAGUUUGCAUGCUGUGAAAGAUAGUCAUUCUGGUUGGUUUUUUGGAUGUUACUUCAGAGACUGUUUUUGCGGUAAAACCAAACAUGGCGGCAUCAAAACAAAUUUUGUUCUCAUGUUUUUGUAUUAUAUUUAAAUAUGUUAUUACCAUGUUUAAAUGUAAUCGCAAUUCACGCACCUAAACAGAUAUUUACUGCGGUUUGUGUGGUUCAAAAUUCAAACGUAAACGGAACACCCAAAAAGAUAUCACUGUUUUUCGAUGCA